AUGAUGAACAGCGUAUAUGGAUUCGAAGAAGAGAUAUUAAAGCGAUUCCCCCACACCGGUUCCAUUAUAUAUAAAGACGCUUUGGAUAUGAUGAAAUUUAUGCCGCUGACUGCUAUAAUUGGAACAAAAAUUCUUUGUAUGCAUGGCGGAAUCAGUCCACAUAUCAAUUCAAUCAAAGACUUGAAAAACUGUCGUCCAGUGGAAGGCAAUUCUGAAGUAUGUCUCGAAAUGGAUUUGAUGUGGUCCGAUCCAAGUGAAGAGCAUUGGGGGUUCGAACCGAAUAAAGAUCGAGGAGGAAAUGCGCUCACAUUUGGCUCGGAUGUUCUAGACGAAUUCUUGGAGAUAUUGGGAGUUGAUAUGAUUAUUCGAGGACAUCAAGUUGUUCAAGAUGGCUAUGCUUUUAAUGCGGGUCGGAAAUGUGUUACUGUAUUCUUGGCUGCAUAUUAUCUUGGCCAAUUUGACAAUGCUGCUGGUGUAUGUCUGUGUUGUGGAGUCGAAUUAUUCAAGUUAGUUUUGAGAUUUUUCCUGAGUUAAAAACCAAAAUCCCUCAUUUUUUCCAGCUCUGAUUCGAAAUUCUGGGCAGGAUGUGGUUGGCCAGCAUUUUCGGAAUCAGUUGGAAAAGAUUUAAAUAUCAUUCGAAUUCAAGACAAUUCACACGGCAUGUUGAGAACAGAAGUCAGGUGCAAAAAUGUGAGAUUUUUCGAAAUUUUCCCCAAUAAAAAAUUUAAUUUCAGUGCAAUUCACAUCUUGGCCACGUUUUCAAUGAUGGUCCGAAAGAAACGACCGGCGAAAGAUACUGUAUAA